AUGAUCUCGAUCAAAAUAGCUAAGCGUUCGUCAUGUUUCAGCGAUGAUAUAAUUCGUGCAGUUGAUAAAUUGAAAGUAUUGGGUAGUGGUUUCGAACUGAUUGCGCUCGGCAGUGGUCGUUUCAUGGUUCAAAGUGUGCCGGGUGAGUUGAAUAUGGAUGAUUCACGGGUUCUCCAACUCGCAGAGGAUGCUGCUUAUGUCACCAAGGUAUUACUUCUUUUGACUGAUAACAGUUACGUUUAA